AUGGCUGAUCACCAUAUUGGGGUCUCCAGGCUUCUUGUUCAAAAGAAUGAACUCGUGCUUGAGCUUUUCAUACAACAGGGGAUAUUCAAGCCGAUAUUUAUUUUUCAGAUCGUCUUCUUCAAUCUCUUACCCCUGGUCGGCCUGGUCUUACCACGUCAUGGGGUCACAAAAUAUAUUCGGCCGGCGGUCUUUGUGGCAUGCCUUGCAUUUGCAAUUGAGAUUCUCAGCAGUCGUCGGGCUCAUUUGGGUGCGAACGGCUAUAUGGUUGGCUUGAUGACUGCUUGGUGGCUGGUCUGGACCGCCACUUUAUAUAUUUUCGCAGACGUCGAGAAAGACUACCGACGGAUCGAAAGAGACGAUGGGCCAGAUCUGUCCAAGGACCAUGGAAACUCCAGCAAGGCAGCUAAGUACCACUGGCAGUCUUAUCCACCGAAAUUUAUGCAUCGUCUGGAGUGGUGUGCGGGUCUCAUCUUCAACCUUCGCGGUCCGGAAUGGAACUGGCGAGCGCCUCGUCUCGGCCCCCUGCCGCGAAGUGUUUACGCGCAGCUCCAGUCAGGAUUUAUUUCUAAAGAAAUGCAGCAGGAAAACGAUGAGGAUUAUGUUACACCCAAACAGCGCGUCCAGCAAGGAUUUCGAAGUUUCCUGAUUGGCUAUCUAUCCCUGGAUAUUUUGAAAGCUGUCAUGAUGCGAGAUCCAUACUUCCGGGGUGAUCUUUCAAACGCUGGACGGCCAUUUCCAAUCUCCUACCUGGAAAAUGUUCCUCUUGCUAUACGUUCCUACCAUGUUUUCACCAGCGCUGUAGGUGUCUACACAGCCUUGAGCUUUGUUACCGCCUUGAACCCCAUUUUUUUCCUCGGCUUGUCUUCGAUAUUUCCCAAUGCAUCUCGCAGGCUGACGGGUGCGCCACUGGACGCAUCUUGGCUAUAUGCAGACACAUUUGGGCCUUUCUUCUCUCCACUCCUCGAAGAUGGUCUUGCUGGUUUAUGGGGGCAGUGGUGGCAUCAACUCUUCCGACAUGGCUUUACAUCUACUGCACGAUGGAUUCUGUCAUUAAUGCCACGAAAGUGGCGUACCAACCCGAGAGUCAAGAGAGUAACGUUUCUCGUGGUUGCGUUUUCACUCAGCGGACUUAUACACGCCAGUGGCAGCUACACGCAAUUCACAAAGACACGCCCGCUUACAGGGCCAUUUCUAUUUUUUGCGAUGCAAAGCAUUGCUGUGAUUGUCGAGAGUAUUUUCAAGAAUGUGCUUCUUCCCAAGACCCCUCUUGCCAGUGCUCCCCGUUGGUUCUGUCGCGCUGCGAAUGUAAUAUGGGUCUUUUUUUGGUUGCUCUUUUCCGGGCCAUUUAUCACGGACGACUUCGCGACCGGCGGCAUCUGGUUAGUGGAGCCAAUCCCAUUCAGUCCCCUACGUGGGCUUGGCCUGGCGGUUGGGCAGGGUUGGUGGUGUUGGCAAGGACCUUGGUUCCGUCACUGGAGCGAUGGUACAUACUGGGGUAGUGGAAUACGGAUGGUAUAG